GAAGAGGAAAGAUCUCUCUUUCAUCAACGCCACGCUAGAGGAGAAAGACAGAGAGAGAGAAGAAGUUACAGAGAAGCUUUAAAAUUCGCAGUGCAAUUGUCUCUCUUUGCAUAUUCCUUUUUCUUAAAUUGUUUUUUAUUAAUUUUCCUUUUUUUCUCACUUUAUAUCUCUACUCUACUUUUUUUUUUUUCUUCUUUUCUUCCUGGGUUCUUCUACUAUUUUUUUUGCUUCUUAUUCGUCCUCGUCUGGUUGCUACCUCGGAGCCAUGGCGGAGAUAAGCCAUCCUCCAAUGGAGCAACAUCAAGACCUUGAGUAUUGCAUCGACUCUAAUCCUCCUUGGCCUGAAACGGUGUUGCUAGCAUUUCAAAACUACAUUCUUAUGCUUGGAUCAAGUGCUUUUAUACCGGCAUUGCUCGUCCCAGCAAUGGGUGGGACUGACGGAGACAAAGCGCGGGUUAUGCAGACACUUCUCUUUGUAGCUGGUAUCAAGACACUUGUCCAAGCUCUCUUUGGCACGAGGUUGCCUGCUGUUGUUGGAGGCUCUUUUGCUUAUGUAGUCCCCAUCGCUUACAUCAUUAAUGACUCUUCCUUGCAAAGGAUCUCCAGUGAUCAUGAGAGAUUUAUUCACACAAUGCGAGCCAUACAAGGGGCCUUAAUCGUAGCAUCAAGCAUACAGAUCAUUCUUGGUUACAGCCAAGUAUGGGGCCUUUUCUCAAGGUUUUUCAGUCCUCUAGGAAUGGCACCAGUUGUUGGAUUGCUUGGUCUCGGGAUGUUCCAGAGAGGAUUUCCUCAGCUUGGAAACUGCAUUGAGAUUGGACUACCAAUGCUACUGCUUGUCAUCGGACUAACUCAAUAUCUAAAACAUGUCAGACCAUUUAAAGAUGUCCCAAUCUUUGAAAGAUUCCCGAUCUUGAUCUGCGUAUCUUUUGUUUGGAUCUACGCCAUUAUCCUGACCGCCAGUGGAGCUUACAGACACAAGCCACCGCAUACACAACAUAGUUGUCGCACUGACCAAGCAAAUCUUAUAUCAACAGCUCCAUGGUUCAAGUUUCCGUACCCUCUCCAAUGGGGUCCUCCAACAUUUUCAGCUGGCCACUCAUUUGCCAUGAUGUCUGCGGUUCUUGUAUCCAUGGUCGAGUCUACUGGAGCUUACUUGGCGGCUUCAAGAUUAGCCAUAGCCACGCCGCCUCCUGCUUAUGUGUUGAGUAGAGGCAUUGGAUGGCAGGGCAUUGGUGUGUUGCUUGACGGUCUUUUCGGAACAGGCACAGGAUCUACUGUUCUAGUAGAGAAUGUAGGACUUCUUGGGUUAACAAGAGUAGGAAGCCGUCGUGUUGUUCAAGUAUCUGCAGGCUUCAUGAUCUUCUUCUCCGUAUUGGGCAAAUUCGGUGCUGUGUUUGCGUCCAUACCAGUCCCAAUUUACGCAGCAUUGCAUUGUGUCCUCUUUGGCCUCGUUGCUGCUGUUGGUCUCUCGUUUCUUCAGUUCACAAACAUGAACUCAAUGAGAAACUUGAUGAUCACGGGUCUUUCGCUCUUUCUUGGCAUCUCGAUACCUCAGUUCUUCGUUCAAUACUGGGACGCUAGACACUACGGGCUAGUUCACACAAAUGCGGGAUGGUUCAACGCAUUCUUGAACACGGUGUUCAUGUCUCCAGCUACUGUUGGUCUUAUCAUUGCCGUUUUCAUGGACAAUACAGUUGAAGUUGAGAGAUCGAAGAAAGACAGGGGCAUGCCUUGGUGGGUCAAGUUUAGAACUUUUCGAGGUGAUAAUCGUAAUGAAGAGUUCUACACUUUGCCCUUUAACCUCAACAGAUUCUUCCCUCCUACGUAGUAAUAAUUAUCAACUUCAGAUUCUACACCCAAGAAGACUUCAGGGUCUGAUAAUUCUUUUCUUUUUUUGAUGGUGGGUUUUAAAAUGAUGACCUCCAUUGUUGAAGUAGUUGUUGCAUCAAUAUUUAAUCACUUCUUUCUGUAGAUUUUAAUAAGAUAACCACUAAAACAUAUUACUAGAUAUUUUCUUGUGUGAAUGAAAUCAAGUAUUUGUAGGAACUUUUCAGUUUAAUGUAUUCUCAGUGACAACAUUUCCUUAUUUACAUACACAGAUC